UGUGUUUUUGGGCUGGAGCUAAUAACAGGGACUGACCAUAGUGGGACAAAGAAUAAAUAUAUUUGUUUAGGCUGGGAAGGGUUAAUAGGGAGGAGCGCUCAGGCGGAUUGCAGAGAUUCACUCAGCUCACAAGCAGUUCCCAUUCAGCUGCGGAGAGAGAAGCCACUACAUCCCCCACCGAAAGAUUCACCCUCCUCAUCCACAUCGCUCCCACCCUGGUACCCACUCCCCACUGGUAGCCAGUCACCCCCACCCUAGAGCUGAGCACCCUUCUUUUCACCCUGACAAGCACUUGCCCCCCCCCCAAAUCCAUGCUACUGCCCCUUAUCCUGACACCAUGAGCACGUCGGAAAGUCCACCAGUCUAAGCACCAUGGUGCAGAAAUCCCGCAAUGGGGGGGUUUACCCCGGCCCCACUGGAGAAAAGAAGCUAAAGGUGGGCUUUGUGGGACUGGACUCGGGACCCCCAGACACCAGCAGAGAUGGGGCGCUCCUUAUAGAUGGCUCAGAUGAGCUAAAACGAAACAGUAUCCUUAUCAAACCCCGAUCGGGGGUCUCAGGCACUGGGAAGCCUCCCAAACGCAAUGCCUUUUAUCGCAAGCUCCAGAAUUUCCUCUACAAUGUGCUGGAGAGACCCCGGGGCUGGGCCUUCAUCUACCAUGCCUAUGUGUUCCUGCUGGUUUUCUCUUGCCUUGUGCUCUCUGUCUUCUCUACGAUCAAGGAGUAUGAAAGCAGCUCGGAAGGAGCCCUCUAUAUAUUGGAAAUUAUAACCAUUGUGGUAUUUGGAGUAGAAUACUUUGUGCGUAUCUGGGCCGCCGGAUGCUGCUGUCGAUAUCGCGGUUGGAGAGGGAGGCUGAAAUUUGCCCGCAAACCAUUCUGCGUAAUUGACAUCAUGGUGCUGAUUGCGUCCAUAGCUGUUCUGUCUGCUGGAUCCCAGGGGAAUGUUUUUGCCACAUCAGCCCUCAGGAGUCUUAGGUUCCUUCAGAUUCUACGUAUGAUUCGUAUGGACCGAAGAGGAGGGACAUGGAAGCUUCUGGGUUCUGUAGUGUAUGCACAUAGCAAGGAACUGAUAACUGCUUGGUACAUUGGAUUUCUGUGCCUCAUUCUGGCUUCAUUCCUGGUGUAUCUGGCUGAGAAAGAGGAAAAUGACAUGUUUGAUACCUAUGCAGAUGCCUUGUGGUGGGGCUUGAUCACGUUGACUACCAUUGGUUAUGGAGAUAAGUUUCCAAAGACGUGGAAUGGGCGUCUCCUUGCGGCAACAUUUACCCUUAUUGGUGUCUCGUUCUUUGCUCUUCCCGCGGGAAUCCUGGGCUCUGGAUUUGCCCUGAAGGUUCAAGAACAGCACAGGCAGAAGCAUUUUGAGAAGAGGCGAAAUCCAGCAGCUGGGCUCAUACAGUGUACAUGGAGGUUUUAUGCCACUAAUCUCUCCCGGAUGGACCUCCACUCCACCUGGCAGUAUUACGAGCGUACAGUCACUGUUCCAAUGUACAGCUCUCAAACGUACGGUGCAUCCAGGCUGAUCCCCCCGCUGAACCAGUUGGACCUUCUGCGCAACUUAAAAAGCAAAUCAGGACUCACCUUCAGGAAAGAGCAGCAGGCUGAGCCUCCUCCAAGCCAGAAGGUGAGCCUUAAGGAAAGGGUAUUCUCCAGCCCCAGAGGCGUUGCAACUAAGGGCAAAGGCUCACCACAGUCUCAAGGGAUGCGUCGAUCACCAAGUGCUGACCAGAGCCUAGAGGACAGUCCUAGCAAAGUGCACAAGAGCUGGAGCUUUGGUGACAGGAGCCGUACAAGGCAAGCAUUUCGCAUCAAGGGGUCAGCUUCCAGGCAAAACUCUGAAGUAAGUCUCCCUGAAGAAGAGGUUGCUGUGCCUGAAGAGAACAGGGGCUGUAACUGUGAAUUCCUGGCAGAAGAUCUGACUCCUGGACUCAAGGCUUCCAUCAGAGCUGUAUGCAUCAUGCGCUUUCUGGUGGCCAAACGCAAAUUUAAAGAGAGCCUCAGACCCUAUGAUGUAAUGGAUGUGAUAGAGCAGUAUUCUGCAGGACAUCUGGACAUGCUUGCCAGGAUCAAAAACCUUCAGUCAAGGAUAGAUAUGAUUGUGGGUCCCCCACCCACUUCAACACCCCGGCAUAAGAAGUAUCCAACCAAAGGAUCAAUCCAUUCUACCAAAGAAUCUCCCCAGUACUCUCCUAGAGUUGACCAGAUUGUUGGACGAGGAGGAUCAAUUACAGAUAAAGACAGAUCCAAAGGGGUAGCUGAAUCUGAGAUGCCAGAUGAUCCGAGCAUGAUGGGCCGACUGGGCAAGGUUGAGAAGCAGGUGUUGUCCAUGGAGAAGAAGCUGGACUUUCUAGUCAACAUCUACAUGCAGAGGAUGGGAAUCCCACCUUCUGAAACAGAAGCUUACUUUGGGGCCAAGAACAGGGAGCCAGCACCUCCUUACCACAGCCCAGAAGACAGCAGGGAUCCUGUGGAUAAGAGCUGCAUUACAAAGAUUAUCCGUUCUUCUAGUUCAAUGGGUCAAAAGAAUUUCAGUGCUCCACCUGCCCAGGUGACUCCUACUUCCCACUGCCCUCCAUCAACAUCAUGGCAACAGCAGCAGCCAUACCACCGGCAUAGCCACGGUUCCUCUCCAGUGGGGGAUCUGGGCUCUCUGGUUAGGAUACCACCACCCCCAUCACAUGAGCGCUCAUACGGAGGAAGCAGGGUGGGAGGUGUUGAGGAAGGAUCUGGCAAACAUCGGGACCCAGCAGCCUUGAGAGAUAGUGACACAUCAAUAUCAAUCCCUUCAGUGGACCAUGAGGAACUGGAGCGCUCAUUCAGUGGCUUUAGCAUUUCUCAGUCAAAGGAAAAUCUUGAAAUGCUGAACAAUGGAGCUGCAGCAGGGCCUGGCCCUUGUCACAAGGCCCGUCCUUAUAUUGCUGAGGGUGAGUCAGAUACCGACUCUGACCUCUGCACUCCCUGUGGACCACCACCCAGGUCAACUACCGGAGAAGGACCAUAUGGUGAUAUGGGGUGGCCAGUUAGCAAGUGAAAAUCUUUUUUGGGGGUUUGUUAAAAGUUUUUUAAACAUUGACACCAGGCAGCCUGCAUUGCAUCUUGGUUAAGCAUCCUAACCAAGCUCUUUGUUUUCUUUAGAAAAGGUAAAACGGUUGGGGUGCUUGUGCCAGUUGCCUCUAGGUGAGGGGGCUAAUCAGUUACUGCAUUGGUAAUUUUCUUUUCAGGCUGGACCUGCAACCUUUAAUCAUCUUUAUUACUCCCAAGAAGUAGUUGGAGCUAGGAACACGUACCACUAUAUUUGUUCUUAUAAUAAUAAGUCAUAGCCAUCAUUGACUUUGGGAGACCAAAUUCCUAUGAAGCUGUCAUAUGGCGAUUGGGUAUAUACAUGUUUUCAUAUUUUCAAUUUUCAUUGGGGACAGUUGUCCUUUUUUGUGUACAUAAGAGACUUUACCUUUAUGAAACCAUGAACUCCCAUAAAUUUAGAACACAUCCAAAUAUACAGAUAUCAAGAUUCCUUAUAGUGCCUAUAAUCAGCAUAUUACACAAACACUUAAGUCUAAUUCCAUAAUAAAGACCUCAGAAUAUGAAUCUUCCCAAAUUCUUUAACAGAAUAUAACUCUCUACAUCAUACUAAAAAAUAAUUUAAAGCUUUUAAGCCUUUUCUUCCUAUAUUUCCCUCUUUAUACAUGUUCUUUUCUUUCUUACUCAAUUUUUCUCUUUUUCCCUUCUGCCUUUCCUUUUUAUCACCUUCUCACACUCUUGUUUCCUUCAUGUUAUGGACAUUUAAGACUGAUGGCAGAGAGAACAAGUGUGAGCAAUGGUGCCUCCAUAAGUUUUUAGGGUGCCAUAAUGAGCCAGACAGCGCCAAACCCCAUGACAAUCCAUUAUCUUCUUAAUAUCUCAUGUUGUAAGCUCCAGGAUCUUCAUAACGGACCUACCUAUGCUGAGUACAUCAAAUUCCUUCUUUAUUGAUCGUAGGCACCUUUUCACAUAUUCAGGACCCUGGAAUUUGACAUUAUUUCACCAACCUACAAGGGAAAGUUCCAUAAUCUUUUUUUUUUUUGCUCUCUGUUUAGUGGAGAGUAAAGCUUAAAAUGGGUAAUUUGUAGAGGAUCUAUUUUCCUUUUAUAAACAGAUAUAUGACAGCCUCUGUCCCUCUGGAGGAGUUUAUCAUAUGUUCCGAGUAUUUCUACUGGCCUGCAUUAUCAAUAAUAGCCCUAAGAACAUGGCAAGGGCUUCCAUUAAGCUCAUCCCAGUCCUUCCCUGUUGAGCUCAUACUUUCAACUCUUCCAAGGACACAGAAGAUGACUUACCUCAAUUCCACUAUAUGGAUUCAUACAACUUCUAAUUUUCAUAUAUUUGCAACAGCAAAAGGCUCAGAAUUCACACCAUGCAGAGAACUUGGUUGCACCUUUAUUUUUUAUGGAUAAAAUACGAGAGAAAGUGUAAGUUCUUGUGGUAGGGCUGGAAUAUGAACCUUUUUUUCACUGCUAAAGUGCUUAGCGGCUGUGGAAUUUCUCAGUAUUCAGCCACAUCUUACAACUGGGGCUGAAAGAGACUGUUGAGUGAAACCAAUUUUUUUUACUUAAUGAAACUACAGGGGGCUUUCUUUAACUGCCCCUCUUUGUUGAAUCACCCCAUGUGCACAUCCUGCCUGCCCUCUGGCUUUGCCUGAAUUUCUUUGCUUUAUGGCCUUGGCUUCUGUUGCACUUUUGCUCUCUUAAGAAAUGUUUUACACGAAUGCUUAUUGUUCAAGUGGGGGGCUCAUGGCUCUCUGUACCUAUGGGGUGGGGGUUACGAGUGGCAACAUCACCACCCUGCCUGCAUUUUGAGUUUAGUGCACCAUGUGCAUAGAUUUUGUGUGCCAAUGUCCUGCGACUUGCUUGUGAAAAGGGAAUGAUGGGACACACCGCUGUGCCCAAUUCUUUUAUGUUAUGUGUUGGCCUGACACAUUCACAGCCAGAAUUGCAUGCUCCUUCUGCUAUGUUGUUACAGGCUUGCGUGGCACCAAGAUAAUAAGCUCAGUUCAUCCCUUUUCUAGAUGGUCCUGAAGGUCAUUAGUCCCACCCUAUUCCCUAUUGGGGACAUUGGAGUAGGAUAAUGUAAUCACCCACUUGUGAUACCAUUUAUAUCACCUCCAGGAUCCAGCUCAGCUUGUUGAGAGGGUUGCUGGGAGUUUGUUGCUGUAUCACUGGAAUUGCAGAACUUAUUACCGAGUCAGCAUUUUCACUGUCUGCUCACUUUGUCCCUACAAUUUCCAUCUCCCAUUUGGGGUGUCUCAGAUAUUUAUCAGCUGGUACAUCCCACUGGGUGAGGUCAGCAUCAGGCUGUGAAAAGCAUCCUCUCCAACUGGUCUGCAUGGGGCAAUUGAGCGAUUUGAUCAUUAGUCCAAGGAGCUAUAAAAUCCUAGUUGUGUUGCCGGAAUGAUCAAACAUUUGCAUAUUUGAUGACCUAAUCACUUGAUCACAAUGUCCCCAUCUUACGUUAAAGGCAUCUCUAUCUAUCACUGCUGUAAAUAAACAUCACUGAAAUAAUCUCUGGUGAUCUUUGCCAUAAAGCAGGACUGGAAGUCUUGUGUUUAUGCCAUAAAGGAAGCAGAAACAGUCACAUGACAAGCAGGAACUACAUUACCCAAUGGAUUUGCAGAUAGUGACUAAUAAGGCAAAUCAUUUAGAACAUCUAUAGGAUGUUACUAAAUAGAAGCCCAAUGGCUGGGGGGGGUGAGCACAAUAAAUGGUAUCACAAAUGUUUUUUGUUUCUUGCUCAAGGGCUUGGACUGACUGGGAUUUGGGUACUGUGGUCGGUAUGGAUACAGGCAGGGUGUAAAGGUUAUUUGUACGUAUAUAAUCCAGUUUAACAUGUAGGGAGUGUGACCCAGGGUGGGGCCUUUUAUUUGUAAAUAUAAUCAUUAAAUUCUAUGUAAUUGCCAUGUAACCUGGUAACAGCAAACUGCAAUUACUGUGCACUAUUUGCUUCCAUUAUUUGGAAGCAGAUUUAUGCUACCCCCCUCAAAGUCCCACACAUACAGCCAAUGUAGCACCAAUUAACUUUCAAAGGAGCCAGUAAAAUCCUCAUUAUUAUUUAAGACAUUUGAAUGACAAAUGAAUCAUUAUUAAUACUAUAGAGAAGGAUAGAAUGUUAUUAACAUAUUCACUGUAGAACCCUACUAGCCUAUUAUAAGAUCCCCCACUCAGUCCAAGGCCUGGAGAUAUUUUAACCCCAUCAAUUCUGGCAAGCAGUGAAGAAAACUGUCUUCCUUAUACUAUUAAAGAGACCCAGAGAGGUGCCAGAAGCUUAGGCAGUGCCUUUCUGAGUGCAGGGAAGCAGCUUUGGAAAUGCAUUGAUUGUACAACAUUAAACAACUUUAUACAAUG